GCUCGAGGGCGGUCACGGGACCCCCGCGCCAAAACGUUUGCACUGGCGGUUUGCAUCGAUGUCGUGAUCGUCGGCCAAUCAGCGGCAGGCAGUUCUAACCCAGAGGACGGGGUGGGCAGAGUGAGAGAAAGGGACAAAAGCGUGGGAAGAGCCUUGUUUUUUUUGUCUGAGGAGGGGAAAACACACAGUGGAAGUUGGACCUGCUCUCUUCUCCUGAAUCUUCCAUCUCCGUGUGGUUUUUGUUGAUCCUGGGGGUGUUCUUGUCCCAUAGAUGUGCUGAGAUACCUUACUACUACAUACAUCCAAUUUCAGAGCCAGUAGUAGCAAGGGGCUUUUGUAAUGGCUCCCGUUACUGCUGCAGGCGAGGCUGUCGCCAGAAUCGCAUAUCUGCUCAGCGACCUGGUCGUCUCUGUCCAGCCCUCCUUGCAAACCGACUCGAUCUUCUCCAAGCCCCUCAAGGCCCUGAAGGCGAGCAAAACCAGCAAUCUCUCUAGCAAAACACCAGAGGUCGUCGCCGUGAGAGAAAAUGAAGACCCUCUGCUGUCAGCAUUUCAUCCUGUCCAGACAGGCCAUACCGUGUCUGUCGUCACGGCCUCGUCGGUCCUUCUCUCCUCGAUCCCACACCUUUACCGUCUAGCGAACCACCCCGUGGUCGUUCACGUUGCCCUUGAACCGUCUCCAUUUCCCGACUACUCCGUCAUCAGCUCAAUACGCCAGUGUGGUUUCACGUUUCUGCACUCGGAAACCCUGCAGGAGGCUCAGGACAUCGCUCUCACGGCUCAUGCGUUGGCGCUGCGGUCUGGCAAGGGUGUCAUUCACUUCUUUGAUCCUUCCAACUCCGCACAUGAUGAUGCCAUCUCCCCCGAAGAUGUGGAGAUUGUCCGCAAGCUUGUUGACACGACCGAAAGCACUACUUCUCAUGCUCACGCUGAUGCCCAGACACUGUACACGGAGUCCGGCCGUGUGGCUGUCACCAGCGAAGAGGGCUUGAUUGCUCCUACUGGCACCCAGACCAUCAUCUCCGGAGAGACGACUCCUUCGGGAAUCCCGUCCACGGUUAGCGUCGAUACCUCUUCGGUGGGCUCGUCGAGGCGGGCAAGCAGCACGGACAGUCGUGCGCUCAGCUCGUCCGCUACCACCGUGGAUGCCUCGAGCGUGCGCCCGGUGAACGCGGCAGACAUUUUUGAGUGGACUGCCCAGAUCUGGUCCCUUCUUUCCAAGCUCGCGGGGCGCACCUACCACGCCGUCGAGUACACCGGUCCCUCGGACGCCAAGUCUGCCAUCUUUGUUUUCGGUUCCACCGGUGUCUUCGUCGAUAUCCUGGCGGAUCCCACCAGCCACAGCGAGCUCGAGACCAUCGGUCUCAUCACUGCCCGCCUGUACAGACCCUGGACCGGAAGCCAGAUCGUCAGCUCGAUCCCCACCACGGUUGAGAAGAUCGCCGUUCUUGAGCAGGUUCGUAAGACCACGAGAUGGGGUCCCUCGCUCAUGGACAUCCUGUCUAGCGUCACCCCUGCGACUGCCGGGCGUGCGCUGAAGAUCGUCGGAUACCGUCUGGGCUAUGUCGAGCCCUCCACUGCCGUCCAGGCUCUCCGCGGCGUCGUUCAGAACCUCACCUCCGAGUCUCCUAUCCAGAAUCUCGAGAUCGGGAACCCCACCGCCCCAACGGCGGUCGCCCCACUUGAACAGCCCCAUAUUGAAAAUGCGUAUCUGAAGAUUCUCCACCAGCUCUUUGGGGACCGUCUGUACAUCGCCAACCAGCUGGGUGCCAAUGAUGCCGGUAUUUCCUCCACCAUCGCUGCCAGCCCGGAGUAUGGGUUCGGCUCCCUGAUCGCCAGGAAGGAGCACCGCGAGCGCUUCAUCCGUGAGGUUGAGGAAGCCUCCAAGGCGACCACCUUCGCGACCGACGUUGUCAAGUCCUGGCUCACCAAGUGGGCUUUGAACGCCAAGGAUACCGUCAAGUCCAACAAGCUGGCCCCUGAUGUGAUUGCCCGUCUUGCCAAUGACGGAUCCACCCUCUCCAGACAGCUUCUCGGCUCAAAGCAGCUCUUCUUCCAGGAAUCCCAGUGGCUCAUUGGCUCCGAUGCUUGGGCUUACGAUCUGGGAAAUUCCGGUGUUCAUCAUGUUCUGGCUUCUGGCGCCAACGUGAACAUGCUCAUCAUUGACUCCCAGCCUUACUCGGAGCGCACUGCUGCCGACCCCACUCGCAGAAAGAAGGACAUUGGUCUGUACGCCAUGAACUAUGGCAACGCCUAUGUUGCCUCUGUGGCUGUCUACAGCUCCUACACGCAGGUCCUGCAGGCCAUGGCGGAAGCCGAAAAAUUCGAGGGUCCCUCCGUGGUUGUUGCGUACUUGCCAUACCACCAGGAGAACGACUCUGCCCUGACCGUGCUUCAAGAGACGAAGAAGGCCGUCGACCUCGGUUACUGGCCUCUGUACCGUUGGAAUCCCGAUAAUGACGACAAGGGCGAACCCAAGUUCUCUCUCGACUCGGAACGCAUCAAGCGUGAGCUCGAGGAGUUCCUGCGCCGGGACAACCAGCUCUCGCAGCUGAUGAACCGCCAGCCCAAGUUCUCCCCUGUCCUGUCCGAGUCCUACGGCACGGAGGUGCGCGCCCUGCAGAAGCGCAAGGCCAAGGACUCGUAUGAGAAGCUCCUCGAGGGUCUCUUCGGUGCUCCCUUGACCAUCCUGUUUGCCUCGGAUGGCGGCAAUGCUCAGAACCUGGCUAAGCGUCUUGGAAACCGCGGCCGCUUGAGGGGCUUGAAGACCAUGGUGAUGGCCAUGGAUGAGUACCCCCUCGAUGAUCUGGCCACUGAGGAGAACGUCGUGUUCAUCACCAGUACCGCGGGACAGGGUGAGUUCCCCGUCAACGGCCGUGCUCUGUGGGAAGUGGUCAAGAAUUCGGGUGAUCUCGACCUGUCCUCGAUCAACUUCUCGGUCUUUGGUCUGGGUGAUAGCCACUAUUGGCCCCGCAAGGAGGACAAGAUCUACUACAACAAGCCUGCCAAGGAUCUUGAUGCUCGGGUUGCCUUCCUGGGCGGUCGUAAGCUUGCCGAUAUCGGCCUGGGUGAUGACCAGGACCCUGAUGGCUUCCAGACGGGCUACUCUGAGUGGGAGCCUCGUCUGUGGCAAGCUUUGGGAGUCGACAACGUCGAGGGUCUUGCGGACGAGCCCCCGCCGCUUACCAAUGAGGAUAUCAAGAUUGAGUCCAACUUCCUGCGCGGAACCAUUGCCGAGGGUCUGCUCGACGAGUCAACUGGCGCCAUCUCUGCCAGCGAUCAGCAGUUGACCAAGUUCCACGGCACGUACAUGCAGGAUGACCGUGAUAUCCGAGACGAGCGCAAGGCUCAGGGUCUGGAACCUGCGUACAGCUUCAUGAUCCGCUGCCGUCUUGCGGGCGGCGUCGCCACCCCUUCCCAGUGGCUGCAAAUGGACGAUAUCAGCAGCGCUUUCGGUAACGAGACCAUGAAGCUUACCACCCGUCAAACCUUCCAGUUCCACGGUGUCGUCAAGCGCAACCUCCGUGGCGCCAUGCGUGCCAUCAACAAGGCUCUGAUGACCACCAUCGCCGCCUGUGGUGAUGUCAACCGGAACGUGAUGUGCAGCUCUCUCCCCGAACUGUCCUUCUUCCACCGCGAGACCCACGCGGUUGCACAGAAGAUCAGCGACCACCUGCUCCCCUCGACCACUGCCUACCACGAGAUCUGGCUGAAGGAUGAAGAUGACAAGAAGAUCCAGGUCGCUGGCGACGCGCUGGUCGACCACGAGCCGCUGUACGGACCUACCUACCUGCCUCGCAAGUUCAAGAUCACCAUUGCCAUCCCGCCCCACAACGAUACGGACGUGUACGCGCACGAUAUCGGCCUGAUCGCCAUCAAGGGAGCCGACGGCCACCUGGAAGGCUUCAACGUCUUGGCCGGUGGCGGUAUGGGCGCCACGCACAACAACAAGAAGACCUACCCGCAGACCGGCCGGAUGUUUGGCUAUGUGGCCGCCGACCAGGCCCACAUCUUCUGCGAGAAGAUCAUGCUCGUGCAGCGCGACUUUGGCGACCGCAAGAACCGCAAGCACGCUCGUCUCAAGUACACGAUCGACGACAUGGGCGUUGAGGUGUUCAAGGGCAAAGUGGAGGAUCUGAUGCCCGGCGGGCUCAAGUUCGCGGAGCCGCGCCCCUUCCAGUUCGCCUCCAACGUCGACACCUUUGGCUGGUUGAAGGACGAGAAGGGGCUGAACCACUUCACCUUCUUCAUCGAGAACGGCCGCAUCGAGGACACCGCCGAGUUUGCCAUGCGCACGGGUCUCCGCGAGCUGGCCAAGCUCGACAAGGGCGAGUUCCGGCUGACGGGUAACCAGCACCUGAUCAUCUCCAACGUCAAGGACGAGGAUCUCGCCGAGGUCAAGGAGCUCAUGGCCAAGUAUAAGCUGGACAACACCAACUUCUCGGGCAUGCGGCUGUCCUCCUCGGCCUGCGUGGCUUUCCCCACCUGCGGUCUCGCCAUGGCCGAGUCGGAACGCUACCUGCCCGUCCUGAUUUCCAAGCUCGAAUCCACCCUGGAGGAAGUUGGCUUGGCCCAGGACAGCAUCGUGAUGCGCAUGACGGGCUGCCCCAACGGGUGUGCCCGGCCCUGGCUGGCCGAGGCGGCUUUUGUCGGCAAGGCCUACGGCGCCUACAACAUGUACCUUGGCGGCGGGUACCACGGCCAGCGACUGAACAAGCUCUACCGCUCCUCCAUCAAGGAGGACGAGAUCCUCGAUAUCAUGAAGGGUCUGCUCAAGCGCUACGCCGCAGAGCGCAACACCGAGGGAGCCAAACCCGAGCGCUUCGGAGACUGGUGCAUUCGCGCCGGGGUCAUCAAGGCGACCACCGACGGCCGCAAUUUCCACGAAGGAGUUGCCGAGGAAGACGAAGAGUAGCGACGAUCCUAUGUACUGCACAGUAGAUUUGUUAUUGGUGUCCAAAAUAUCAUUCCAUUAUUUCCAUAGAAGAAUGACAAUUUUAAAU